GUCCAGUCGAAGGCGAUGAAGAAGUUCCGGGCCAAGGCGAGCUCCCUGCCCAUUUUCAACGGUCGCACAACCGACGCCACCACACUGACCACGAGUUCGCUCCAGUUACCCCUGGGUCAGACUACGCAGCGGAAGCAAUCGACUUGCACUCGUGUGCUGCCCACGGUUUUUACCAUUACGGACGGCACCACCGGAGCGGCGAGUACCUCCUUGGCGGAGGCCAUGUCGAGCAGUAAGGCACAGGUGCCCAACCGACAGGAGAGCCUCCUGCAGCUUAGUGUUACACGGGAGGCGGGAGUGGGCAUGGCAGGACCUGAAUUGGCUAACUAUGAAAAGGUGCGGGUGGUGGGCCAGGGAUCCUUUGGCAUCGCCAUCCUCUACCGACGCAAGUCCGACGGGCACCAGAUCGUCUUCAAGCAAAUCAACCUGAGUGAGUUGACCCCGCCUGGUCGGGAUCUAGCCAUGAACGAGGUUGAAGUCUUCUCGAAAUUACAUCAUCCGAAUAUUGUGAGCUACCUCGGUAGCUUCAUCAAGGACAACACUCUGCUCAUCGAGAUGGAGUACGCCGAUGGAGGUACACUGGCCCAAAUCAUCGCCGAGCGGCAGGGAAAAUUGCAUUUUCCUGAACGAUAUAUAAUAGCCGUAUUCGAACAGAUCUCCAGUGCCAUCAACUACAUGCACUCGGAGAACAUCCUGCAUCGGGAUUUGAAGACCGCUAAUGUAUUUCUGAACAGGCGAGGCAUUGUGAAAAUCGGAGAUUUUGGCAUAUCCAAAAUAAUGAACACCAAGAUACAUGCCCAGACUGUUUUGGGCACACCCUACUACUUCAGUCCGGAGAUGUGCGAGGGUAAGGAGUACGACAACAAGAGUGACAUUUGGGCUCUGGGCUGCAUUCUGGGCGAGAUGUGCUGCCUGAAGAAGACCUUUGCUGCCGCCAAUCUAUCCGAACUGGUCACCAAGAUUAUGGCAGGGAACUAUACACCCGUGCCUUCGGGUUAUACAUCGGGACUGCGCAGUCUAAUGUCCAAUCUGCUUCAAGUGGAGGCACCACGGCGACCUACCGCCUCAGAGGUAUUGGUCUACUGGAUUCCGCUAAUAUUCCGUAGCCUGGGAAAGAACAAAGGGUACUCCUACGAGGAUGAUGUGGGAGGUCGGGGUAGCGACCAAUUGACUGCUCCUGAUCCAGCCGCCGCCCACAGCAGUGUGUCUAUGCAGUUGGAAUUGCCCACCGCCCAGACGGAGACAAAGCAAUUGAUGAUUGCGGAUACAGCGGCGCCGCACGAGAUCCUCGAGAAACGAUCCGUGCUAUACCAGCUGAAGGCCUUCGGCACCUGCUUCAGCAUGGCGCCCAUCCAACUGCCGCCGAAGGCUGUCAUCGUGGACGUAACCAUGUCGGAUUCCCACUUCGUGGUGGUCAACGAGGACGGAUCGGCAUACGCCUGUGGUGAGGGCACCCAAGCUAUUGAGCGUUGUAGAAUUGUGGCCAAGUUCGCGAACGGGCCACCUUUUAGAUGCUGCCUGCAUUAAAGUGAAGCGCUCAGAUUGUGCAUUUUAAGGUACACUUAGUCCAAGAGAAGAUAGCUUAAAUAUUUUAGCAUAUUCCAGCAAAUACAUAACGGUCGAUUAUA